AUGUCGAAUGCAAAUAUGCAAAAACUCGACUUCGCUAAAUUGGAUUCAAAUGGUGUUGGAUAUCAAUUAUGGGUGAGUGACGUCGAGGAUCACCUCACUGCCAAUGGGAUUCUAGCAACGAUUCGACCGCCGGAUUCAAACUUGUUGGUUCAGCCAACUCCGACCAAGAAUGCUCAAGCACUCAUAUUGAUUAGGCGCCAUAUAGACGAUUUGCUCCGGAAGGAAUAUAACUCAAUCAACAACCCUAGGACUUUGUGGGUUGUGCUUGAAGAGCGUUUUGGCAAUAUUCAAGAUACCCUCUUUGACUUGAAGGUGAAGUGGAAUGAUCUACGCUUCUCGGACUUCAAGACUAUUUCUGAGUAUAAUUCAGAGGCCCUAUGCAUCAAGUCAAUGUUGAAAUUUUGUGGAGAAGAGCUCACAGAUAAGGAUUUAAUUGAGAAAACCCUCUCGACCUUCCCUGUUUCUGCAUUAUUGGUAUCAAAGCAAUAUUGGCUUGAAUACAAUGAUAAACGGAUCACGAGGUUUCAUCAGCUUAUCAAUGCUAUGUUGAUUGCUGAGAAACAUGAUAACAUACUCGUGAAAAACUAUAAUUCAAGACCGGUUGGAACCAAGAGCGUUCAUGAGGCAAAUUAUGGUGGCGCAUUUAAAGAAGGGUGCAAAGAGCGAAACCCGAAGGCAAAGGAAAAUCAAUCCGAACGUGUCGGUCCAUAUAACCGCCCUACAAAUGAUGGAAACCGCCAGAAUGAUGCACGGCCACGUGGCAACAAUGGCCAACAUAGGAGAGGAAGGGUUAGCGCCGCCGGACGUGGUGGUGCUGCCACCGACUCCCCUAGGGAUCGUUCACACGCACAAGGUGCGUCUCAAUUAAAGGAAGCUGGUUAUAGUGAUGAGGUAUGCUAUAGAUGUGGAUCUAAUGAGCAUUGGUUUAAGCGUUGUAAAGCGAGUGAGAAGCUAGCUGCACAAUACAAGGCGUAUAGAGAUAUGAGAGAGCAAGAGGCCUAUCUCGUAACUGAAUGA